CAACAGGGUUGCAAGAAACAGGUUGAGAAGAAAAGAUGCAAAUUAACUGCCAAAGAUUUGAGAAGAACCAAACGUGAAGCUACCAGGACCCCAUUAUCCUCCAGUGCUGUCAUAUUCCAGAACUGCAACAUACCUGAAGUGCCCAGAAGGUGUUCAGUGCUCAGAGACAUGGCCAAGGUAAGGAGGCUGAAACCUGACCACCACUCAACAAGACACAGAAGCUAAAACAUCAAGACUGGGCCAAGAAACUUCUGAAGACGGAUUUUUCAAUGGUUUUAUGGAAUGAGGAGUUGAGAUUGACUCUUGACAGACCAGA